CAUUUCAGUCUCGAUUUCGUGCUAAGAUGUAAGAUGGCGACUUGUGAAGUUGUCAGUGAAAGUAAAGGCGCGAAUUUGAAACAUGUGAAAGAUUGGUCAAUAGGAAUGUAUACAUCAUAUUUUCGAAGCAUUUCAAGCACCUUUGGGUCUCUCAAGGUAUCAAAAGAUGGACAAAUCGGUGUCGUAGCAAAUGACGGAAUUCACAUCCUUAGACAGAAGUCUUGCACUGGUGACUUAUCAGCUCCUCUGAAUUUUACUUUAUCUUUUCUGGCAAAUCCACCAGAGGAAAGUGCAUUUGAUGUUGGAAUUGAUACUAACACAUUCUGUGUUCAGCCGACUGAGUUUCCUGAGGCCUACUCAUUUUCUUUGAACAGGACAUUGAAUCCAAAUAAAGCAAACCUUUUUCCAACAUUAUUUAUUGACUGUGCUUGGUCACCAUCAAAUAUUUUGUCUAAUGGCAGCUCUCUCCUGGCAACAUUGUCAUCCAACAAUCGAAUUUACCUUUCAAAGGAAGAGUUAUUCACAGGCUGCUCAGACAUAAUUUUAGAUGUUAGCAAAACACUGUUUGAGAAUUAUAAAGGAACUGACUUUACUGAUCCAGUUACUAAACUGUUUUAUAUGGAAGCAGCAAACUUGGAAAGUUUAUCAAAACAAUUUUUGGAAUAUAGAAGGAGACAGAAUUACUUGGCCAUAACAGGAAUAGAUUGGUGUCCCUUGUUAGAUCCACAUGCCUACAAGGGAGUCAAUUCAUUAGAAAAUCAAGAUGAAGGAGCUCUUUCAAGACUCACAAUUUCUCUACUUUGUGGUUGCAACAAGCUUGGGAUGGUUUUUAUCUGGCAAGUUAUUGUUGAUAUGUUAAAUGACAAUGUCUCAUCUAAUCUUGUUGGCAGGUUUCAUUUACUGAACGAAUGUGCCACAAAUGUUGCUUGGUAUCAGCAUGAACAGUCAACAAAAGGUUGCAUUGCUGUGUCCUUUUCAAAUGGUUUUAUAAAGUUGUUUGCUAUUGAUAUUGCAACCACAAAGAAAAAUGAUGUCACUGUAAACGAGCUGCAGCAGUAUGAUCUCUGGACUGAGGAGGAUCUUAUCCACAUUACUUCAAUGGAAUGGCUCAAAAGGGAUAACAAUGUCCAUUUAGUGGUCAUCAAAGAUGCCAAUAUCCUUUUGUUCACAAUCAACUUUGGUGAAGAUCAGCAAGUGGAUAGCCAUUCAUACAAACUGCCCCCUUGUACACAUGAGCACCCUAUUUCUGCCCUUUGCUGUAGAGGGGACUAUAUUGUCACCACUUCGUGCAAUGGCUUCACGGAAUUCUUUUCUAUAGGUGAUAAAAAUGCGACUGUGAUAAAGAACCACUGUAAGCCAGGAUACAGCUGCUUUGGGAUGCAGAUCUCAGCGGAUGGAUGGCUGCUCAUUCGCUUAAUCAGUCCUACCAAUAUCUUCUAUCGCCUUGGUAAAAAAUGCUUGGAAUCAGAGCUUGUAAUCAACCCAUUCCUGUCCUUUGAAGACGCGGCACAACUCAUCGCAGAUUCCCAUACCCCACCUGGGGUUGAGAUGUACGAAUAUUGCAGAGUUUUGGCAAGCUAUGUUGGUUUUCCAAAGCUACUUGAGAACUUUGCUGCCUCCCCAAUAGAUAAAACGUUGUCACCGAUACAAUUGCAGAAAAAACUCUUUGUUAACUGGCUAGAAAAUGAGAGGAAAGAAAAUCUAAAAGAACCACUGUCCAAGGAAAUGUAUAUGCAAUUGCUGUUUAACCAGAGAGCUCGACGAAUAUUAAGGCAUGCAAAGGAUUAUCUAAAGACGUUUCAGGGCCUUGGUGAUAAAAGUAAAAAGUUGCUAUUGCUUGCUGCUGAUUGGCUGGUUAUUAAAAGUGAUAAUGAAGCAUACUUUGAGUUAGCGAUUUUGGUAUACGAGCUAGCAGGGGAUGCCCCGUCGGUUGACAGAGCUAGGGCGAUCUGGGCAAAGAGAUUUGCAAGUGGAACACCAAACGAUGCUAGUGCUUUGGAGAGAACACGUAACAGUGUUCAUUUGCCAAGCCGAGAGACUUGUCCAGUCUGUAAAGGAGAUAUCUUUUUAGAGAACGAGCAAUUUGGAAACUGCGAGAAAGGACACAGAUGGAGUAGAUGUAUUUGUACGUUUUUUAUUAUAAGCCAGGAGAGACUUCGGACUUGCUGCAACUGCGGUAGGGUGGCAUCUGCUAAAGAAAUAACUCAAGGCAAACCAGUGUCACUUUAUCACAAACAAAUUAAUACGAAUAAAUGUCCAAUAUGUAACAGUCUGCUCCUGGGAACCUAAACGACUUGGCUAUCAAUUUUGCAGUAAUCCAAUCGCUUUAUUUAGCAAUUCAAGUAAAAUUAUUUGAAAUUACCUACUGAAAGAUAGGAUACACAAGUUAUACUACUACUCAGCUACAAGUUAUUUUGAUGACAUAAAGUACAAAGAUCAAUCAUUCUUCUUUCAGUUUACUCAUGAUUAUGGCCUCAUUGCAAUGAGCCUCCUAUCUGAUUUCCCAAGAGUUCAAGAUUGCCAUUUAGUUGCCCGCCUCCCUUUGGCUUUCUUUAACCGUGAUAAUCUGUUCUCGUUUCGUCUUUUCGGUUCUUCAAUGUCUUUCUCUUUGACCAUGAGCAAAUAUUUCUGUGCUCUAUUUGUGGCCGCGUUUCGAUGGAGAACAACCCGCUGCAGUGUGCAAUAACUUUAUCGCACACCCAUUUUAAAUCUCCCGUAUCAAAGAGGCUUUCAAAUAUCAUCGUUAAAUCUGAGUACUAGCUCAUUUCAUUUCUUGUACUAGCUCGUUAUGAACUUUAUUCUAUUCCUUUCGUAAAAGGUCCGUAUGUUCCAUGUUUUUGAGAUCUGCUUUCAAACGUUUAACUGUCAGUUGAUUUGGAAAUCGCCAACUGAAGUUGUAGAAUACUCUUGAUAUCGCCAGGCUUCUUUGGUUAUUGGAAUAUGCUUUCAAAAUGUUUUAUCUAAGACCAGACCUUCAAUAUGUUGUCUUGAUUUUGUAAUAUAAAUAUUUUUCAUAUGAAUGGGGUUUGCAGAAAUAUUGCGGUUCUUUUAAUUAAGAACAAUAGCAAGGCUCGAAAUUCCUCGUCUUUUCAUCUAGCUGAUUUUUUUCAGGAAACAUAACAAGUAUGACUUUUACACAUAAAGUCUGAAGUACGCCCAUCAACGAACUUGUUUUGUGCUAAUAUAUUUCAUUUUCUAAAAUGUUGAAGAAAGGCAACAGCAGAUGAUAGAGCGUUUUGCUCAGUUUUUAUCAAAUUUAAACGGUGCCUUGCCUAAGAAUGAUGUAAGAAUAAUGUUUAUCAGAAUUGGAUCACCCUGAUUCGGGAGUAAGAAAUUCACUGUCAUCUUCCAGACAAAACUGAAUCCGAUUCUUCCGUUUCAUUCCAACACAGGUAUUUCGUAUUCAUUUUCCUAAACAAGGGCACAGAACCCUUUUCAUGCACUGCCACAUCACAAAAUGCUAAGAGAACAAGCUAACCAUUGAUUCACAAAAAGGAUUCUCUUGAAUUUUCUCUGCGAAAGCUUGGUUCAAGAAAUUUCAUCAAGUUUAAUAUGUGACAGUGUAUGCCAUUAUGGCGCUGUUGAUGUCGAAUCAGAUAGCACGAUUGUUGAGUUUGUGCUCAUUGUAGCUAGCAGCGCCCGAGUAAGCAUUAAAUUGGGUCUCUUACAUGGUCAAAGCAGCAAGCAUGCAAGUAUGCAUUGGCCUUGGGUAUAUUGUAUAUAAACUUUAUGAUGGUAUAGUUUCUUUCUCACACGUUACAAGACAACCUAGAAUUGGACUAUGGAGAGCAAAGAUCUUGCAACCCUACCUACCCAGCCCGUAUCUCGUUAUUUCAAGGUUUUUAUUGGCAUGUUAACUUUAAUGUUUUCUUUGUUCAUUAGUUGAUGGCCGAAUGGCUUCCAACUUUUUGCCCUAACAAGGUGUUGCUAGUAGGCGGAAGAAAGUGGUUCUUUCUUCUUCUUCAAAAACGGCUGGGGUUUUUUUAUGGCCUGGCCGUCUUUGCGAUUGGCGCACAGACAGCCCAAAAAUAAAUGGCCCUAAUGAUUAAGGAAUAACAUUUUCAGUUUUGUGCUUGAAAAUGAUUAAAUUAUUCUGAGGAUUUACCCUUUAUUCGCUAACGUUUUCUACGGUUUCCUGGAACAAAUAUUAAAAUUCAUUGCAAAAGCAUGCAGUCUAAGAAAGAUACAAACAUUUUCCUUUCUU